CCUUAGCCUGCCUCAUAGUACAAGAGUAUGCAUCAGAAUAACUGUCGGUGUCCCUUUCUGUUCCUUGCCCUCACUCUUUGAUCCACCCUGAUUUUUCGGGAUUUGUCAAUCCUUUCCCCAGCUCUUGCUUGUUGUCAGCUGCAGGCAUUGCUUGUACACGGAGCACCGUGCUGGCUACGGUCAAUAUAGGUCCCCUCAUGGAUUGGACCGUGCGUUCGACCGAUCAUGGUUCGGAAAGGGACCUUUCGGACUUUGUGAAUGCCGUUCGCCGUGAUUUCGAUUCGAGCGACGAGUCUGCCUCUGCCUACUGUGCAAGCGAGUGUAGCUCGUCCGAUUUGGAGGAGCAAUCCAUUUCCUCGAAGAGGCAGGACCUGGCCAGCUACCUGUCCUCAACUACCACUCGACACAUCGAGGAAGAUCCUGAGGAUAAAGGUCAAAGCCUCGGCGGCUUCGACGACGACGACGACGACGACAUCUCAGAAGAACCUCAAUGGAGAUGUCUAUCAUAUGUGCGGCAUCAGCUGCUGUCGCUGUAUCGCAGGAUUUUCGGCAUCGUUUUCGUGGUCAAUAUGGGGGUUUUCAUCUCGUAUGCCAUCAGGGGUGCAGAUGCGAAGCAAAUCGGCACGGUCGUGGUUGGGAACCUAUUCACCGCCGUAGUCAUGCGGCAAGAGUAUGUUAUAAAUGCGUUCUUUACUGUGGCUUGUCUCGCUCCCCGAAGUUGGCCACUGGCGAUCCGUCGCACGCUGGCCCAUGUCUACUCCAUCGUAGGAAUUCACUCUGGAGCCGCAGUCAGUGGCACUGUCUGGUCGGCGCUUUUUGUUGGCAAGGCCACUCGUGAGGUAAUGAGUGAAGGGAAGACUGCUCUCCGCACUUUGGUCGUGUCAUACACUAUUCUGGCGCUCCUUGUGAUGAUAUUGGUACUUGCGUACCCAAAGUUCCGUACCAGACAUCACGAUGUAUUCGAAAUGGUACACCGCUUCGCUGGAUGGGUCGCGGUCGCUCUUGUAUGGGCUCAGGUUGUUCUCCUAACCAAUGACUACCGUACAUCCGACGAACCGCUUGGAUACGCCCUUGUACAUUCGGCUACUUUUUGGCUCGUCAUAGUGCUAACAAGCUCAAUCAUCCUUUCAUGGCUGAGGCUGAGAAAAGUGCCUGUACGUGUGGAGGCGCUGUCCGAUCACUGUGCGCGGUUCUACUUCAACUAUGUGGAUACGAAGCCUGGACACUUUACCCGAAUGUCAACAAAUCCUUUGUUUGAAUGGCACUCAUUCGCCACAAUCAGAGAGCCAGGAAAGAGUGGUUAUUCCUCUGUCAUUUCCAGGGCGGGAGACUGGACAAGCAAACAAAUCGAGAACCCACCUGACAAGAUUUGGGUCCGCGGUAUCCCUUGUUAUGGUGUUGUGAGCGUCACUCCUCUCUUUCGACGAGUGGUCAUGGUGGCCACCGGCAGCGGUAUCGGCCCUAUCGCCCCGGUGAUAUUCGCCAAACGCACGGAGAUACAGCUUCUAUGGGUUGCCCCUUCUGUGAGGCAGACCUUUGGUGACAAACUUGUGGAUUCGCUCCUCAAUGCGUCGCCUGGAUCUGUAAUGUAUGAUACUCGUACUCAUGCUGGUAGACCUGACUUGAUCCAGUUGACGUACCGUAUGGUGCGCGAUUUCCAAGCAGAGGCUGUAGUUAUCAUAUCGAACCGGUCGUUGACGGAGAAGGUUGUCUAUGGGAUGGAGAGCCGGGGAAUUCCCGCCUACGGCGCCAUUUGGGAUUCUUGAAGUUGGAGCAUUUAAGAACUUGGCAUUACUUAUAUUUUUUCCGAACUCGUUGCUAUGAAGCUGUCGACAUCCCUUCAAACAUCACGAUCUUUUGUUCAGCUUCGUUGUUUUACUUCGGCUGUCAGGGUG